GGAAAUGACCAAUGUGUUAAAAAUUGAGCAUUAGCUUCAUUUGCUGUAAAUUUUAAGAGAUAGAUUUAGAUUACAGUGGAGCCUCAGUAUUCGUAUGUCCCUGUAUUCGUUCAAAUCAAUAUUUGCUCAACUUUUACAAGAUAAAUUUGACUCAGUAUUUGAAUGUUGCCCUGUCUCGCCGGCUUUCAUUUGUUAAGCAUUGUUCUUACAAGUUCCAUGAAACUCGGUGGUUUCGUUGUUAUUCUGUGGUGUUUUUUAAAUAUUUUCAUUGAAAAUAAGUAAUAAUGUCCCCAAAAAAGAGUAGUGCUCCAAACAAGCCUAAAAGCAAAACAAUGAAAACAAAAAUUAAAGUGAAAAAAGAACUCAUUGCGAAGUGGAAAAGUGGAACAUGUAUUGGACCUGGUCACUCAGUAUGAUAUGGCCAAAUCCACCACAUCAUCCAUGUUGAAAAAUAAAGAGGCAAUAAAAGGGGCUGAUGUGGUGAAAGAAGUGAAAAUUCUUGCUGUGAAAAGGUCACAGUUAAUUAAAAAAUGGAAAAACUUUUUGUUAUUGUGAAUUAAUGAAAAACAGUUGGCUGGUGAAUGUGUUUCUAAAACAACAAUUUGUGAAAAAGGAAAGCAGUUAUAUAGUGAUCUUAGUUGAGACACCCCAGGAAACAGUGGUGAAAGUGAUGAAUUUAAGGCAAAUAGGGGCUGGUUUGAUAGGUUUACAAGGCGGAGUGGGUUUCAUAGUGUAGUAUGGGGAGGCUGCCAGUGCUAACAGAGAUGAGGCUGAAAAGUUUGUUAAGGGAUUUAAAACUUAUGUAGACAUUGAUGGAUUUAUUCCUCAACAAGUUUUUAAUUGUGAUGAAACCAGCCUCUUUUGGAAAAGAAUGUCUAAGAGAACCUACAUCACACAAGAAGAAUCAUUACCAGGGCACAAGCCCAUGAAAAACAGGCUAACAUUCUUGUGUGGUAAUGCUAGUGGGGACUGCAAAAUUUAACCAUUCCAAGUCUACCACUCUAAAAAUCCAAAGGUGUUUAAGAAAAACAAUGUGAUAAAAAUUAAACUCAUUGUAAUGUGGAGGGAUAAUGGUGAAGCAGUACUUUGUGGAAAAAAACUUAACAUUAAGGGCAUUUCUGGUAAUGGACAGUGCUCUUGUUCACCUUCCAUUCUUGGAGGAAAAUUUAGUGGAUGAAUACAGCUUCAUUAAGGUGAAGUUCUUGCCCCCUAACACCACUCCUCUUAUCCAACCCACGGACCAGCAGGUAAUUUCCCAUUUUAAGAAACUUUAAACAAAAGCACUAUUUAAAAGGUGCUUUGAAGUGACCUCUGAAACAGAGCUUACCCUUAGGGAAUUUUGGAAAAACCAUUUUAAUAUCCUCCAGUGUUUAAGGGUAAUAGACAAAGCCUGGGGAACAGUUUUUUUUCAGGACAGUGAACUCUGGUGGGAAGAAAUUGUGGUCAGACUGUUUGUGUCAGUCAGAGAUUUUGAAGGCUUUGAGUGAGUGAAGGAUAAUUUUUCUCUGGACCAGUCCAUGGGUUUGAAAAUGGAUGAGAAUGAUGUAAAGGAGUUCUUGGAGGAUCACAAGAAAUGAAUUCAUCACAGAAGAACUUCAAGACCUGCACAAGCAGCAGCAAGAAGUGGUUGAGGAAAUUUCUUCUUCAGAGGAGGGAAGCAGUAAGGGCAACAUUUCCACUGCAGAAAUUAAGGAACUGUGUUACCAUUGUGCUCAAACUCAGAGCCUGGUGGAAAAAAUGGCAUCCUAACAUUACUUUUGUGAAUACAAACAUCAACCUGUUCACUGAUAAUGUUGACCGCUUUUGAAAAAAUUUGAAAAAUCAUCAGCAGCAGACAACAUUGAACAGCUUCUUUAGCAAAGACAAUAAAUCAAAUGCUAGUGAAUCCCUGUCAUCUUUAAGUGCUACUGCAAAGAAACAGACAAGUGGAAGAAAUACCAGAUGGGCAGUUACCUGAUGUUUUUUAUGGAAGGUGACACCCUUUCCAAACAAUAACAUCUCUCCACCUUCUUCUUAGGCCAUCAGCACUCCUCAGUAAAGGUAACGAAGAACAAGCAGUGGAAGGAUGUGGCAGCAGUAAUGGGCAUUGGGGCAUCAUCAAGUGGUUCAUAUACCCUACGCAAGCAUUACAUGAAACAUAUUUUAGCUUACGAGUGCAAAUUUGACCGAGGAGGUAUUGAUCCUCAACCAAUAGUCAACCAGAUAGAAGCGGCAGCGAAGAAGAAAACAACGAAGACGAUAUCUGUGCCCUCCCCUGGUUCCUCAAAUUCCCAAGAUUCUUUUCCACCAGCGGGGUCAAAUAGCAGUUCGAUGGAUGGGUUUUCCAAUGGCCCACAUGUACCUGGGGGACCAGGUGUGCCUGGCCCAUACCCACAAUACCCACCCUCUUCGGAGUAUGGUGGCCAUAUGCCACAACGACCACCGUCACAAUCAACUUCUGGUCCACUAGGCAACGGGGAAAACGUGAACGUGUCUAACCCAUUUGAUGAUCAGUGUCAGUACUCGCGAUCUUACCAUAACUCGUAUUCUCGUACUCAGGGUUAUCAGGGAUACCAAGGGGGGCAGUAUCAUGGUUACCAGGGUAUGCAGAGUGGCUAUGGUCAGGGGGGUUAUCCGAACUCCGGCUACCCUCCAGAUGGGCGUGCCUAUCCUCCACCAGGACCACCUAACCACCAGGGCAACUAUCAGGGGAACUACCAACAACCUGGGAGCUACCAGCGGCCGGCUUAUGCCCCAGGCCAGCCUGGCUACCAACAAGACCAGUAUCCGAUGGGAAGUAGCGGCAGCAACUACGGCAACUCCCAAUUGGCCAAACAACUGCUGAAUCCUCCGCGCAGCACGGCCCCCGUUUUUCAAGGUUACCAGGGUGGAAAUAUGUAUCCACCUACGCAGAAAUCUGGAUCAGCCCCAAGUCCUGGCCCUCCUGGCCCAAACGCUCCCUCUGGCUAUACGGGUCCACGGCGACAUCCAGAUUUUGAAAAGUCACAGCCGCCAGGAUGGCGUCCAAAUAACCAAUACGGUGGAUACACCGGUCAGAACCAACCUGGUCCCCCACAACAACCGUGGAGUCGGCCCAAUGACUCUACACCUCCUGGAGCCCCGUCCUCACAGUGGAGUCAACCUCGGUUUCCAGGUUCACAACCUCAGUAUCCAGGAGCGGGGCGAGGGUGGUCUGGUGGCAGCUUUACACAGAAUGUUGGACCCAGACCACAAGGGCCUGGUAAUAACAAGAACUAUUUAGUUCCUCCAUCCUCUGCAUUUAAGUGUGGGAGUGGUAUGUACAGUGGAUAUCCCGGGAAACACCAAUUCCCCAUGGACAGUGUGGAGGCAGUGUUGCCAGUGCUGGCACGCAGGAAGCGAAUGUGUCGCUCUGACCUCCAGACUUGUGAUCCCUGGAGGCUUCUUAUGUCCCUCAGGUGUGGUUUAGCAGCAGAAGUAACGUGGGCCCUAGAUGUAUUAAAUAUACUGCUCUUUGAUGAUCAAACGGUCGUUUACUUUGGCCUGCAUCAUAUGCCAGGUCUACUCGAAGCACUAAUUGAGCAUCUAAGACGUGGUCUCAUCAAUAUGUUCGAUAUUUGCUCAGAACUUGAGUUAGGUCGGGAUGAUGAAGCCACUGGAGCUAACAAGAGGGUCAAGGCAGAACAGCAUGAUGACACUGAUAGACCAUGGUAUCUCCGGCCUCCGCCAUCGCCUACCCUCGAGUUGGACCUAGGAAAAUUAGAAGAGGAUGAUCCUAAUAACAAAGAAGAGGUUUUAAAAGGGUCAGAAGAUUUUACUCUUGUCACUAAAACUGGCAAGAUUGUGAAAUUUGUUAAAAGAGAUGGAGAGCUGUUUAUGAGGGAGGGAAUUCGGGAGUGGGAUAAGUGGGAGGGAUUCAGUUCUGGAGUUGAUACGUGGUCUGUAGGUGGAGGUGAGUGUACAGCCCACAUAAUCUGUAAUAUGCAGAGCUCUGUACCUCCCCUGCUGUUUACACGGUUACUACCGGGAAAGGACGGAAAAAUUACUGAAGUUAAAGUAGAGGAAGUGAAGGAAAUCAAAGAGGAAAUAAUAGAAGAAAAAAAGGUGGAAGUGGUGCAAAUAAAAGAGGAACCAGUUAAGGACAAAGUAAUUGACUUAUUGGCUGAAAUGCAGGAAAAAAAGGUGGAAAAGAUGGAAGACCUUAUUUCUAGGGAAAAGUGUGACAACUCCAAAGAUAAUGAGUCAACAGACAAACUUUUUAGUCAAAGGGUGAAUAGAGUAAAUAAUUCAAGGAAGAGUAAACUAGAUGAAAUAUUUAAGAAAUUAAAGAAGGAACCUAUUGAAGAUAACAGUGACAAUAAGAAAAGUGUAAAAGAGGUUUGUGUUUUGAAAAAAGAAACUGAAGUGCACCAAGACUUUAGUAGUGUGGUAGUGAAACAGGAACCAACUAGUGAUAAGGUACCUGAGGUAAAACAAGAGGAAGUAUCUCUCAAUAAGCAGGACACUAAAGAAAAGUUAGAAAGGCGAGAAAGCAAUGGGUCUAGAAGGGAGAGUGGUGGGUUUAAGAGACCGCAUGAAGAUCUAGAAGAGGAGUCAUGGAGUCCAGAUGAAGCAUCGCUAAGCACAACAACGGAAGGUCAAGACUGGCUAGCUCGUAGGGUCAUGUGUGUUGGUACAGUAAUCAGGAACCUAUCCUUCAUUCCAGGAAAUGAAGACAUAAUGAGUAAGUCUGCAUCUUUGCUAGCCUUACUGGGCAAGACAAUCUUGUUGCACCAUGAACAUCCUCAACGCACUCCUUCCACAGCACAUUAUGACCGUGAUGAGGAAGCAGACUUGAGUGAUUGGUGCAGCUCUCUCGCUCCUGAUACACAUUGGUGGUGGCCCUAUCUUCAUCAUGUUCAUGAGAAUACAUUGGUCACUUUAGCAAAUAUGGCAGGCAACCUUGACUUGUCUGUUUACCCUGAAGAGAUCUCACGACCCCUGUUAAAUGGCCUUCUACACUGGGCAACGUGUCCUGCUUCAUAUGGGCAAGAUCCAUUCCCAGGUGGUGGAAGUUCUAUACAAUCAGCGUUAUCACCUCAGCGUCUUGCUCUGGAGGCUCUGGUUAAGCUUUGUGUGCUUGAUCAGAAUACAGACUUGGUUUUGGCAACACCUCCAUUUACUCGUUUGGAUAACCUGUGUGGCCAGCUGACUCGCUUUAUGUGUCGUGGGGAAGAUCAAGUGUUACGAGAGUUCUCUAUAAACCUCCUUCAUUACUUCUCUGCAGCAGAUUCAGGUGUUGCCAGAGUCAUAGCCAUGCAAAAUGGAUGUGUUUCUCUUCUUGUUGCUUUCAUUGAAGAAGCAGAAGCAGCAGCAAUGAAUGUAGCAAAUGUUCAAGGUGUUAGUGCUCUAAAAGAAAACCCAGAACUAAUGGGAACAAGUUUAGAUAUGGUGCGACGGUCAGCUAACACUUUGGUACACCUCUCACGAGUACCGGCCAAUGCUCAUGUGUUAUCCAAUACUGAGAACAGACUAUUAACUUUGGUCAUGAGCCAGAUAUUGGACACUUAUGUUGCAUCUCAAUUGUCACAGGUGUUAUUUAAUGUAGCCCAGGUGCAAGUUGACCUUUCCCAAUAUUCACCUUGCCCCUCCCCACCAUCCUCACCACCUACUACAGCACAAGCUUCUGAGUCAACUAAAACUCCAGAUGCCCCCAUGGAUGUGAAGUCACCAUCAGAUGUACCCAACAUUCAAUCUGCCUCAGUUGCCACAGCCAUCAGCUUGGCAGUUAAUCAUGACUCAACAUCCAACGAGUACGAUAAACCUAAUUCAUCCCCUAAUCCUGCUUCUGCCAUGGCUACCGCUUCAACCCCUUUCUCACUUCCCACCACAACCACCACUGUAACCCCUUCCCCGGUCCCUGCUGCUGCACCAAGCCUAGGUAAAGUUCCCACACCUAAUUUAACCCCUGCACCAAUCACAGCAAAUACUCCUAUAUUUACCCCACAAUUAACCCUGUCAGUUAAGCCAACAAAUACCCCUACAAUUGCCCCCACCCAAACCACAAACUCUGAGUCAACCUCAAUGUGCGAGUCCUUGGCGGCAACUACUCCAGUCCCCAUGGAAGCACCAGCAGCCAAUCCCUCGUCUUAGUAGCGGGUGGGUAAACCCAGUGAGCGUGUAGGCCUCUCUCAGCCAUGUGUGGUACAAACUGUGUGGUGGGGGGUGACACUAUGCCCCCCUAGGGUCCCCCCUGGUCCCAGGGCCCCCUAGUGUCUCAGCUGGGCCCUUGCAAGGACCACCUCAGUGAUAUUGAGUCCUACCAGGCAUUAGGACUCUCAGUGUUGUGUACAGUAAUUAAAGUAAGAUGAUGUGUGUCCUGCUGUAAGCAGUGUCUGUGAAUUAUUCUAAAGUGCGAGUGUAGCCAGCAAACAAGUCUGUGAAAGUCUGUGUAUUUGUACUUUUCAAUGUACAGAAGUCUGUACUCAUCUCAGCUGUAUUUCUUGGAUUUAAAGAAAGUUGUAGAAAGAAAAGUAUUCAGAGAAA